AGGCAUUUCACUUCACCAUUUUAUUUUAGAUUAUUAAACGUUUAAUGGUCGAAACAAUUAUUUUUUUUUAUAACGAGAUCGACGCAAGCAAUAUAGCGGCACGCGAAAAACAGGUUACAUGUCAAUAUUUGUCCAUGUGUGGAGCAUUAUUAAGUUGAUUAGUUGGUGCUUGACUUGUGCUUGAUAGAACAAGGACAAAGACCAAAGACUAAAGACUGAUGGAUAUCAUGUACGUAUUGCGAACGAAUUAAUGUUUGGUCUGCUUAUUGUACGUCUAUGUACCUGUCACAGCCAGUGUUCGAGCGAAAACAUAAUCUUAGGUUUGAUAAAAUAAUUUAAUUCCAAUCUAGUACCUAUUAAAACAUACCUACGAAAACAGAACAUUUAUUAAUUAACCGUCGAGAUACAUCUUAAAUUAUGCCCAUAGACAAUCAUUUGCUAUCUAUAGAAUAGAUCAAUCGUCCUUGUCUAUAUUUGCUGUCAUGCAAGCUGUCAAGUGUCAAUGUCGAUCCGUCAUCACUUCGUGUUGUCUGUUUGAAACUAAACAUAACCUUUCAUAAUUCAUUCUCUGAAAAUUCGUGGACUUAAUAAAUCUUAGUAAAUAUUUUAUUGAUACUUCAAUCGUACAUUGUUAAUUUACUACUAGUAUUUUGAUGAACUCCCGAUAUUUCUACGUCGAGAUCGUGUGCGACGAAGACCGAACCCGGCUGUCGUUACGAAGGGCCGUAGAGGAGGCCGCGACGCAAGUGUUCGGGGCGGCGGGCGCGGCGUGCGACGUGGUGCGGUGCGGCGGCGGGCGCGCGCUGCUGCGGGUGGAGGCGCGCGCGCUGUGUGGGCUGCGCGCCGCGCUGCUGCUGGCCGGCGCCGACCUGCGCCCGCGGGCGCUGGCUCCAGUGCCGCAACCUCUUCUAUAGAGUAGCAAUAUGUCGACUCGCUCAGUACUGUCAUCUGGCCUGGAUGGCAAGGAUGUGGUGAUUGUUGCCACUCGAGAAGAGUUGGCCAGUCCCAGUAAAGUGAGCCUGCCAGAGCCGGAACCGACACCCGGGCUCAUUCUGGCAGACGGGUCCAUCAACUGGGGCUGCCCAUGUCUUGGGGGUAUGGCCACGGGCCCCUGUGGCUCCCAGUUCAGAGAGGCCUUUUCUUGCUUCCACUACAGUGACGCGGACCCUAAGGGCAGCGACUGCUACGAAAAGUUCAGUGUGAUGCAGGAAUGCAUGUCGCACUACCCUGAGCUCUACGGAAAAGACGACGACGACGAGCUGGCCGCCGCCAUGGACUCGGCCGCCAUGGACUCGGCCGCCGUGGACUCGGUCGCCGAGGACAAGGCCAAGCCGGCCGCUGCCGGCGCGGGCGACGCGCAGUACUGUCGGUAUAGUGCAGGUGCAGGCGCGGCCGGGCUGUGCGACACACAAUGGAGAACAGGAAGCGUUGCCCUGCGUUGCACGGUUUUUGUCAAUUCUCAACCAAUAGUCAUCGCUUCACCCGCCCCUACUCACCGGUACCGCUGCGGAUGCGGCGGCGGCGUGGCAGUGCGGCCCGCGCCCCCGCUCCCCCGCGCCCCCUCCACCACUCCGCGCCGUGGCCCGCAUCCCAGUGAUCAGUAG